AUGAAUUCGGUGACCCAUAACCCCGAUCGGGAACACCGCCGCCAUCAACGCGGGGACCCGAUUUGGGGAAUGAAUUCGGUAGUGCCCGAAACUCAAAAUUUGGGCGACGAGGACGAGAACGAGGAUGAUGAAUAUAACGUGGACGAAGACGCGGGCAACGAAGAAGACGAUGCUCGGGAUAAAAAGGGAAAAACCGUGAGCGAAAAAUGGACAAAGGUCCAAGAAGAGGCGUUGGCGAAGGCGUGGGUACAUUGCUCUACCAACAAAAAGAAGGGCAAUCAACAAAACCGCGAUAGUUUUUGGCGUAAAAUUUUAGAUCAUUUUAACGCCACUGUCGGCGGAAGUAACCGGACCGUGCAUCAAGUACGGUCUAAAUGGAACCCGAUGUUGACGAAAAUAAACUUUUUCAACGGCCUAUACCAACAAGCGGAUCGCACACGAGGAAGCGGAUGUAAGGAUCUCGACGUGAUGAAAGUCGCGUUAACAGAAUUUAAAGAGAGAUUAACGACGAUGCUCCGCCAAAUAUCUACUAGAAUGUAA